AUGGUGCCUGAAGAGCUAGCAUCAGGCAUGUUCAUUCCACAGCAGACAAUAGGCAGCGUUCUCUGCUGCAUGUGCGGCGUUCCGAUGCAGCCCAAUGCAGCAAAUAUGUGCAUCAAAUGCCUUCGAUCACAUGUGGAUAUUACCGAGGGCUUGCAGAAGCAUGUGACUAUCUUACACUGCCCUGAAUGUGGCUGCUAUCUUCAGCCACCGAAGACAUGGAUCAAGGCUGAGCUCGAGUCCAAUGACCUUCUGUUGUUUUGCCUGAAGAGGCUCAAGAAGCCUAACACAGUUCGAGUGGUCCAUGCGGAGUUUAUCUGGACUGAGCCCCAUUCCAAGCGGAUCAAGGUGAGAGUGAGAAUCCAGAAAGAGGCCCUGCAUGGUGCAAUCCUUGAGCAGCCGUACGUUGUGGAGUUCACCCAACAAGAACACAUGUGUGACCCCUGCACGAGAGUGCAGGCCAAUCCAGACCAGUGGGUUGCUGCUGUCCAGGUCAGGCAGCAUGUCCCCCAUCGUAGGACUUUCUUUUUCUUGGAGCAACUCAUUCUCAAGCACAGCGCAGCUGAGAGGGCCAUAAACAUCAAGGAAAUGGAUCAAGGCAUUGACUUUUUCUUCGGCAAUAGGAGCCACGCCGUUAAGUUUGUGGAGUUUCUGGGUAGCGUUGUCCCUUGCAAGAGUCGCAAUGACAAGCAGCUCGUAUCUCAUGACUCCAAGAGCAACAACUACAACUACAAGUACACAUUCUCGGUGGAGAUCUGCCCCAUUUGCCGGGAGGACUUGAUCUGUCUCCCGCCAAAGGUCUCAAAUAGCUUGGGCAACCUUGGGCCCCUGGUGCUCUGCAUGAAGGUCAGCGACAGCAUCUUCCUCUUGGAUCCGGUCACGCUCAGGAGCGCCUACAUGGAUGCCAAUCAGUACUGGAGGCUGCCCUUUAAACCGCUGCUCACCAGCAGGCAGCUUGUUGAGUAUCUCGUGUUUAAUGUCGAAGUCGAGGGACCAAAGGCGACCAUCGGUAAGAAAGAUUACGCCUUGGCUUACGCCGAGGUGGCCCGAGUCUCGGAUAUCGGUAGAACCUUCAUCGUCCGAACCCAUCUGGGCCACCUGUUGGAACCUGGCCAUACUGCUCUUGGCUAUGACCUCUACGCAUCCAACAGCAAUGAUCCCGAGGUGGACAAGUACAGGGGCCUCGUCUUUCCGGAGGCGAUAUUGAUAAAGAGGAGCCACGAAGAAGAGCGCAAGAAGAUGCGUGGGAAAACCCGUGCUUGGAAGCUCAAGAAUAUGAAGAUGGAGGUGGAUGACUCCGUGAAGAGAGUUGACGAGGAGAAGAAGAACACCGAGUACGAAGAGUUCUUGAGAGAUUUGGAGGUCGAUCCCGAGCUGAGAUUUAACAUAUCGUUCUACCGUAACAAAGAGCGCCAGCCGUCAGAGAUGGCGUCGACGGAUGGGGACAACGACGAGCCUGUUGAAUUGGAAGAUCUGCUUGCUGAACUUAAACUGAAGGAAGAUGAAGAGGAGGACAGUGAUGAUAUGACAGGGUGA